AUGAAGCAAACCUUCCUCACCUUGUUCUACUGCCUAGUGGCGCUUUUGGGCGUGGGAUCGGCGGCUGGCGAUAGAAAGCCGCAUGCACCAAAAGCGCCUGGCCUUACUUACCUCUACACAGUCAACAUCACAGCUGGUGAAAUCUAUCCCGUCGGGCCGGGGCCGCGUGGCAUUCGUCUUGUGGUCCCCAUUGCAAGCGGCAACUUUGCCGGACCCAGGCUCAAAGGUGGGUUCAUGCCCGUCACGUAUGCUCCCAAGAGACUGAAUACCUCCCUGACCCCCCCCGUACCUCUAGGAACUGUAAUGCCCAUGGGCGGCGACUGGGCUCUGACCGACGGCAGAAACGCCAACGGGUCUCUCACCGUCGAUGUCCGGCAGACAUUCAAGACGGACGACGGCGCUUUCAUCCAGGUAUUUGAGACAGGCCAGCUCCAGCCCGACGGCCGUGCCUUUGUCCGCCUUGGUUUUGAAACUGGAAGUACCCAAUACGAGUGGCUCAACACGGUCGUGGCGCUGGGGAUUAUCCGCUCGGUCGGGACGGACGGGAUUACCAUUGAUACCUGGCAGAUGGUGGCACCGUGA